AAUUCAAUUCACCUAUUGCAAAUCUCUUGAGAUAGCAAAUUGCAAAUGAAUUUGAAUGUGGAUUUUGAAAUAUGACUUGAAAUAUUGUAGUGAGUCUUUCUGAGCUGAAUAAAAUCUGUAGCAGCUGAUAUAGUCAUGUGGAGGAAUGCUUCAGCUGCUAGAUAGUUUGCAGAACUGCUUUAGUCACAAAAUUAAGACUUUGUCAAAGGAGGUUUUCUGCUGAAAUUGAUUCACGUGAAAGAAAAUUAAAGAUCCUGAGAAGAUGCCUGAAGUCCAGAGCUCAGAGUAGUCUUUGUUUAAAUUCGGUGAAGAUUAAAACGAUAGGAUCCAGAUACUGAAGUCUGUGAACUUUGAACUUGCCAAAACCAAGGAUUGAGCAAGGAAGAAAAGUUUUGUGUUUUUUUCUUAAGCAGAAGAAAAAAAAAAAAAAAAAAAAAAAAGUGAGGUACUUCACUUUUUAGCUUGGCAUUGCAGCAAGGGAGGAGGAGACAGAGGUCUAAAACCCAUAGAGUCAGGAUCUCAUUUUGAUCCUGAGAGAUACCUUGACCAGAGGGGGUAGGAGGGCAUCAGUAACAGGACUGCCUUCAUCAUAUUAUCAUAUUUUCAUAUUUUGAGAAACUCCUGAUGUCUCUAAAUUGUGCUUUUUCCCCCCUGGCCUUCUAUUUUUUUGUCUUCUCAUCCAUAUAUCUCACUUUAUGCUUCUUAUUAAAUGAAUCUGUCCUUUUCAGCUGAAACCAUAUCUCUUGUAGCAGGGCUAUUACUUGUGAACAGAAAGUCAAUAACCAGUCAGAGCUUGAAAAAAUUUCCCAAGUCUUAAGAUAGCAGAUAAGACUUUAUUCACUGAUUUAGAAGAACAAACUACCUUUACAAUAUUUUCUUUCCUUUACAGAAAUAUAGCAGGGCCUCUGUUUGUACUUAUACUGUACUUUUGGCUUCAAGAAACGUGGCUGGGCUUAGGCAAACAUUCACAACUGCUAAAGAUGAAGACUGCAAACUUCCUCUUUGUCCCAACAAGGGAAGAUUGUUUGAGAUACCAGAGCUAGAUGACCAUCAAGCAGGAAGUUUCCCUUCAAAAAUGUGUUUCAACAUGCAUGUGAGAGAAGAAGUGAUGUUACAGUGAAAUCCUCAUGUAGAAUAGAAUGCUUACAUUUUGUCUUAUUUGUGUCUUCCAUUAUUAGUAAAAGGUUUUAAUUUUGAUUCUUCUUUUUGUCUGAGGUCUAAGUAGGCUGAGAUUUCUUGACCUGAAGCCUUGAACCCUGAGUGACUGUUUAUGACCUGUAGAAGGAAGGUCCAAUUUAACACCUUUAGCUCUCUCAUCCCACUUAGCCUCAAAAUUAAUAUUACACACCUAUUACCAAAUUGCAGACAUUUCAUUCAGGACUGUGGAAAUAAAUGUUUUCUCUGCUUCCUCCUCCCCCUCCAAGUACUGCUUCAGUGUGUGACUCACUUAACCCUUAGAAAACUGAUGAUCAGACAGCUUGUUUUGCCUAUCUCUUUCUCACAAUCAGGGACAGCUGCAUUAUGUGGUACCUUGCUUGAAAUUUUUUUUCAAGAGCCUCAGUUUUAGGCCAGGAACCCUUGAAACCUCUGCAAUAAAAUUAACGUCCCCUUGUUGUGUGUUGCCUUAAGAACUCAUCUGUCUUCUUCUAUUGGCUGGAAGACAGAGAAACACUCUGAAAGUCAGAUAGUGCACAAAGAAACCUUCCUGUUACUCAUGUGGGAGCCAUAGCCAUUACCAGAAAUUAAGGAGUGGUUUUAGCAAGGCAAGCAAGCUUUGUUUGCCACUUUGGAAAGAAUUUGGAACUAUGUGACCUCAGGGAAGCUGAUGUUAUGAUAAGCAGAAAUGUGUAACUACAGUUCUCUAGUAUUACAGGUUUCUGGAUUCCAAAAUCCUUGAGUGAAUAAAUCGGAAAUGGUGACUUUUAAUGAGCAUGGGCAUCAGUUAGAAGUUCUACUUUGGAACCAGAAGCCCACAUACUAUUAUCCUUUUUUUUCCAUGUGCCAAAUAAUUGAUAAACGAGCUAAACAUGCCACAGAUUAUUAGAGCUAGUUUCUCUGAUUCCACAAGAGAGAAUCAGUUUCUCAAGUUUGAAUAUGUUAAACAAUUAUCUCAGCCUCUGUCAUACUCCCAACCCUUUCUAUAAAACCAGAUUUAAUCCAUGAAGAAAUUUUUCUGUGUUCAAGGGGCCAUGUGUAGUCUCACAGCACAUGAGCCAGUUUAUCUGCACAUUUUGGAAAGGAACUAACCUUUUCUGUGCAGCCUGGUGACGUGUGCCUGCAUUUGGUGCUGCACUGAAAUGUUUAAUUGCUGCUGCACUCCAGGUAUCAGGAAAAGGGAGUGUGCAAAUGUGUUCUCAUGUCAGAUACUGUAUCACACCAGAUUCCUGGCAUUUGACUAGUCAUCCUGGUGACUAGCAGGAAUGCUAUUUUUACAUACAUUAAAAUAUCAACAGACAAAACUGAUAACAUGGGAGUUAAACACCCUCCAAAACCUAAAACAUGAAUGAAAUGAAAGUGUAAAAGUGUGAAUGUUUUUAUAUAUAUUUAAAUAUUGUGUAGUAUAAGGGAAACUGAACUAUGGCAGAUAGGGACACAAUGUGAGCUGCUCUGCAGAGAGCUUGGCUCUAUAGCUUAAGAAAUGUUACACAACAUCUUCACUGAAGUUCAGCUGCAGAGAGUUAGAGGAAGGAAAGUCACUCAAGGGAAAAUAAUGGAGUGUGUGGGAGAUUCUGCUGAGGGGAAGGUUCAAAACCUCAGUGAAACCCAUAUUUUUACUCAGGGCUCUGGUUAGUCUGUGCUUUCUUUUGGAAAUGUUUGCUGAGAUUGACUAUAAUGCUCAUUUGUAGUCAUUGUUUUGUCAAGAGAAAGCAGUAUUUAUAAUCAGUAAGUUAGAAAAUUUUGUGUUCUGCAAAGUGAUUCUGGGUUACCAGUUUGAUUUCCACAGCUUUGAUCCUUGUGUCUGUUUAUACCAAAGCAAAAUAGGCUUGGGCAUAAAUGUGAUACAGUCUCUGCUCACUUUGACUUGUGGUGGCAUUUAGCCUGUGUUUCACCUACUUGACAUACAGGUGACAAUGACAAUUACAGUUAAAGAGAAAGUCCUUGAUGUGACCAAAUACCAGCUUUGCAAAACUGUAAUUAUUGUGUUAACUUUUCGUGAGUGCCUUGAUGAGUUCAUUUGGUGUGACUAUCCUUUAACCCCAUGCCUUGCACAUUUAAGUUCCCUUCUGCAGUUCUUGUCAGAGAGAUUCUUCACACUUUUGGCUGGUCCUGAAUAGCUUUUCGUACCAGGCCAAGGAGAGCUGUGGUUCCUCUCUGGAUGCUAACCAUGUAUGCAGAGGACUUUUGCUGGUUUUUCAACUUGAAGAUGGAUUCCAUGCACAAAAGAUACCUAGCACAACUUUCUGAAGCUGUAAUUUGACCUCUCACUGGAUUCAAUAGAGGGCUGGACUCAUCAGUGAGACAUAUUGAACAGAAAACAAAGAUAUGCUUCUGUGUUUCUGUAAGAAAACAAGACAAAGCUGCGUAGCAUAAUGAGAUUCCUCAAAAAUAUCUCUGUCUUUACUUAUGCCUUAACAUUCACACUAUGGAAUAAUAUCCAACCAACUGUAGAAGAUGAAUAUAUUGCAAACUAUUCAAGCAGUUCGCUAACUUAUGUUCCAAAAACUAUUCCAUUCCAUACUCAAGUAUUAGAUUUAUCACAUAAUAGGAUCUCUGGACUUAGUAUCUCAGAAUUUAUUUCUCUUUCUGACCUUCAAGUAUUAAAUCUUUCUCAUAAUCUAAUUAUGCUGCUUGACUUUAGUGUCUUUGUUUUUAAUGAAAAUUUAGAAUACUUAGAUUUAUCUCAUAAUAACAUUUCUAAAGUUUGCUGUCUAACUCUUGCAUAUCUUAGACAUUUAGAUCUUUCUUUCAAUAAGUUUACUGCCCUGCCCAUCUGUCAGGAAUUUGGGAACAUGUUUCAUUUGGAGUACCUUGGAUUAAGUGCUACGAUGAUACGAAGGUCAGACUUCAGGUAUAUCAAACAUUUGCAGCUGCAUACUAUCUUCCUGACUUUGGAAAACUUUUCACUGUAUGAGCCUGAGAGUCUGACAGUCUUGACUACAAGGAACCUCCACAUUGCUUUUGCAGCAAACCAAAACUUCAGUUUUCCGCUCUUGUACGAUGGAAUGAGCGCUUCAGAAAACUUAAAAAUAGUUAAUUUAAGAUAUACCUUGAGCUACAGAGAUUUCCCCUCUCCACCUUUAAUGCUUCUGAAGAAAAUCAAGACAACAGCUCUCACACUUGAUGCUGUGGACUUACAGUGGCCUAUCAUCCUGCAAAUUUUCAUGCUUAUUUGGUAUUCACCUGUGGAACAUUUGACUGUGACAAAUUUGACUUUUCGAGGACCAGUGGAGGAGCUGACUGAAUAUGCAUAUCCGCCCUUAUUAAGCUCUGUGGAACAAUUAAUCUCUUUGAAAGUCUCCAUGAAAGCAUUAACUUUGGAGCGUGUUCGUAAUAAAGUUUUUUAUUUCAAUCAGGAGAUUCUAUACAGACAAUUUUCAGAGAUGAAUAUUGCCAAUUUGACAAUAGCUGAUGCUUAUAUGCCACACAUGCUUUGCCCCAAUAGGACAAGCUCAUUUCAGUAUAUAAAUUUUUCUCACAAUGCCCUGACAGAUGAAUUGUUCCAGAAUUGUGGCACUCUCAUGGAUCUGAAAUUCCUUAUUUUGAAGAAGAAUAAAUUUGAGAGCCUUCUCAAGGUAAGCUCCAUGACCAGCCGUAUGAAAUCCCUGAAAUACCUGGACAUGAGCAGCAACCUGCUGCGGCACGAUGGAGCCGAGGCGCAGUGCCCGUGGGCUGAGUCUCUGACUGAGCUGGACCUGUCCUCCAACCAGCUGGCCGAUGCCGUGUUUGGGUGCUUGCCAGCCAACGUCAGGAAACUCAGCCUAGAGAACAACCAGAUCAGCAAUGUCCCCAGGGGGAUGGUGGAGCUGCAAUGCUUGGAAGAGCUGAACCUGGCUUCGAACAGGCUGGCUGACCUGCCGGGGUGCAGUGGCUUUCCAUCGCUGCAGUUCCUCAACAUGGAGAUGAAUUCGAUGCUGACCCCUUCCGCUGAGUUCUUCCAGAGCUGCCCGAGGGUCAGGGGGCUGCAGGCCGGGCACAACCCGUUCAAGUGUUCCUGUGAGCUGCAGGCCUUUAUCCGCCUGGAGCGGCGGGCGGGGGGGAAGCUGUUCGGCUGGCCGGCGGCGUACGAGUGCGAGUACCCGGAGAGCCUGCGAGGAACGCAGCUCCAGGACUUCCACCUGAGCCUGCUGGCCUGCAACACGGCGCUGCUGCUGGCGACAGCCCUGCUGCUGACGCUGCUGCUGGUGGCCGCGGUGGCCUUUCUGUGCAUCUACCUGGACGUGCCGUGGUACGUGCGCAUGACCUGGCAGUGGACGCAGACGAAGCGCAGAGCUCGGCACAGCCCCCCCGGGGAUCAGGGCAGCGCUCUGCGAUUCCACGCGUUCAUUUCCUACAGCGAGCGCGAUUCGCCGUGGGUGAAGAACGAGCUGAUCCCCAACCUGGAGAAGGGGGAGGGCUGCGUGCAGCUGUGCCAGCACGAGAGAAACUUCAUCCCCGGCAAGAGCAUUGUGGAGAACAUCAUUAACUGCAUUGAGAAGAGCUACAAGUCGAUCUUCGUGCUGUCUCCCAACUUUGUGCAGAGCGAGUGGUGUCACUAUGAGCUGUACUUUGCCCAUCACAAGUUAUUCAGUGAGAAUUCCAACAGCUUGAUCCUCAUUUUGCUGGAGCCCAUCCCUCCGUACCUUAUCCCUGCCAGGUACCACAAGCUGAAAGCUCUCAUGGCAAAGCGCACGUACCUGGAGUGGCCGAAGGAGAGGAGCAAGCAUGCCCUAUUCUGGGCUAACCUCAGGGCAGCCAUUAGCAUUGACCUGUCAGUAUCCGGUGAGGCAAAUGAUGCUACACCUGCUAGUAGUAUUAGUAUGUGAGUAACUGACUCGACUGCUUUGCAUUAAAGUCCGUUAAUAUUUUUUUCUGUUUUCUUAUGAUAUUCCCAGUUUGUUGCAAUAUGUGGCACAUAAAGAAAUUGCUAUUGCUUAUUCGAGCCAUCCAAGUAGUCAGAAGUCAUCUGUUGUUGCCUAUCAUUAACAAAGAGAAUGGGAGAGAAAUUUUCAUCGUGAUUUACCUUAUUUUUGGUUUGCAUUUGUUUUGGACUUUUCCCAUUGAAAGCUAUAUUUGAGAGUAAUAAGAAUAGCGAUUGGUUUGGUGUCAUCAGGCUGCCAAAGUACACGUUUAAUCUUUGUUUGAAUGUUGUUAGGUUAAGCUUGUAAGUAUCUGCUUUCUUGCUUUUAAUUAAAUAAAACAAAGAAGGAAACUCUUCUUUUAAUUCCAUCCAGUACAUUAGUAUAGUAGAUGUUGAGAGUACAGUAUCCACCUUUUAGCCUCUUUUCCCUUCCUGGAAGUCUUUCCCUUCAUCACAGAGAGACUUUCUUGGGUAAGUGCUGAGUUGAAUCCAUUUAUCCUUGUCUGAUGUUCUUCUUUCUUUGUUGUAUUGAACAUUACCACUUGCCUAGAGAUAGAUACCUGACAAGUCAUGAUUUAAUAUAACUUCCUAUUCACUGUCUUCAAAUUCAUAAUUAAUACCUGUACUUAUUAUUUUUUAUAGUAUUGUAGUAUUGCUGCUUUCUGCUGUGAUUCUAUCAAGCUAUACUGGAUUGCAUGUUUUUUCUGUUUCCUAGUACUUAGAAACUUGAUGUUCGGAGGUGAACCCGCUUUUAUCUCUAGGCUUCUACUGAACUCUGGUACUUUGCUCAUUUAAUUAGCAGAUGGUGAGAGUUAUCACACAGGUUAAAAACCAGUAAUUUUACCUGGAAAAUAACCUCUCUGCUAAAAUCUUACUGAUUAAACUAAUGGUGUUUGUUAGUAGGAGACAUCUUUUAACUUGCUGUGCUUGGAUUUGAGAGUCUAAUAAACAUCUCAUUCUUUAUUGGUUAUUAAAUUCAAUGGUGAUGUAGAGUUGUGUCAUUAUACUUACAGCUUAAUGGAAAUGUAAAGUCCUGUGAUCACAACUGUGAGCAGCACAUGAGGUGAUCAAACACGAGGUGAUCCUCAACACUCACUGAGGUGGCUCACCAAGCACACACCAGGUGUGGUAGCAAGAUGAAGCAGUGGAAUUUAAGCUGUGGGAAAGCUGCUGGUGUCCAAAGAUGCUGAGACACUGCUGGCACCCACCCACCAGUUUGGGUUAAUUGGAUAGGAUCGUAGUAGGAUGCCAGGUGCCUGGCUCCUGAGCUUUGGAAAGAAGAGCUAAAAAUCUCUACUAAAUCUUAAUUAUCACUCAAUUAUUACCACACUCAUUAAAUCUGUAUCUCUCCAAUUUAGAGAGGAGGAUGUUGUGGGGGACCAUGUCAAAGCCUUACCCAAAAAUUAAGAUUUAGUAGGGAUUAGGGGUGCUGGUGAAUGAGAGGCUGGACAUGACCCAGCCAUGAUCAAUUCAGCCCAGAAAGCCAAAUGUGUCCUGGGCUGCAUCCAGAGCACCGUGGGCAGCAGGGCCAGGGAGGGGAUUCUGUGCCUCUGCUCUGCCCUGGUGAGACCCACCUGCAGUGCAGCAUCCAGAUCUGGGGUCCAGCACAGGAAGGACAUGGAGCUGCUGGAGUGGGUGGGCUGGAGCAUCUCCCCUGUUAGGGGAGACUGAGAGAGCUGAGGUUGUUCAGCCUGGGGAAGAGAAGGCUCCAUGGAGAUCUUGUUGAGGCCUUUCAGUACUUAAUAGGGCUUUUAAGAAAGAUGAGGACAGACUUUUUAGCAGGGCCUGUUGUGAUAAGACAAGGAAGGAGUACUGGUUAUAAAUUAAAAGAGGGCUGAUUUAGGUUGGAUACAAGCAAUAAGAGCAAUGGCCCAAAGAAGUCGUGGAUGUUCCAUCCUUGGAAACAUUCAAGGUCAGGUUUGGAAGGGCUUUGAGUGAUGUGAUCUAGUUGAAGAUAUCCCUGCUCAUUGCAGGGAAUUGGACUAGGUGACCUUUAAAAGUCCAACCCAAGCCAUCUUAUGAUUCUUUGUUUUUAUGAUUUGACCUCUCUAGGACUUCUUGACAUUUUAAAGUGGAGAAUGCUACCAACAAAUCCUGUGUCCCUUCUUUCUUUAAGCCUUCUCCCCCUCCCAGGCAUUACAGCCUAAGGACAUGAUUAGCAGUCACACUUAGUGCUAAUGGGCUAAGGGGCAUGUGGUAUAUCCUGUUUACUAGACAAAAAAAAAAAAGAGGAAGCAAAAUUUCUCUAAUUCAGACCUUCCGGUCUCUGUAAAUUUAAUGCAUCAGCAAACUGGGAGUUAUGUCCUAAAUAAUGUACAGACUGGGCUAUGGAAGAGUCCCUCACCUUUAAGACUGUUCUGAAAUGUAAGUUUUAGGUGGGUAUGAAAGAAAUAUUUUCUCAAGUCUGUCAUGCAUGUUUGGAAUAUUAAUGCUGUAAGAGCCCUUUAUACUCCAUCCUUCCCACCUCACAGAU